CAAGUAAUUAGUUCAAAAAUGUUCUGGAGCUCGACCUUGGCGGUUGCUAUGUUUGUGAUACAAGUGCGUACUUCAUUUCAUCCGCCGCUAAUGUCGUCUUUGUCGUUGUCGCAUGCACGACCCAAGGCUUGGCUACUAGUAUUGCUUCCUAGUUGGUGCGGGUAGGUACGAACUCCACAAAUCCCCGGCCCCAUGCAACAUGGCUGGAGGACAGGAUUGGAACAUUCGGGGCUCGUUCGAAUCGCGGCACUGCAACGAUCCCAUUCGGAGCCUGGUCGACCAUGGUAAAUUCAAGCCGAAUCCCGACAAGGAGCUCAUAAGACUCAACGUCGGUGACCCUACAUUCUACAAGAACCUACCUCCAUCACCGGUUGUUAUCCAGGCUGUGACUGAUGUACUGCAAGCUGGUAAAGAUAAUGAUUACAAACGAACACCAGGAAUGGCAGAGGCCAGGGUAGCACUUGCCAAGAAGUUCUCCUACCCCGUCAAUCCGGUUCAUGAAGAUCACGUUAUCAUAACAUCCGGAUGUGCUCAAGCCGUGCAGUUUGCUCUGACCACAUUGUGUGACCCUGGAACUAAUAUUCUCAUUCCCAAGCCAGGCUAUUCGAUGUAUAAAGUCAACGCUGCAUGUCGGCAGCUGGAAGCUAGGUAUUACAACCUGCUGCCUGAGAAGUCCUGGCAAGUUGACAUAGAGCAUAUGGAGUCACUGAUAGACGACAAGACCAGGUGUAUUAUUCUGGUGAACCCGUCGAAUCCAUGCGGUUCAGUGUACAGCAAGGAGCAUCUGCUGGAGAUUGUGGCGGUUGCAGAAAAGCAUCGGUUGCCAAUUCUGGCUGAUGAGAUCUACGGUGGAGUAGUGUAUGGUGGUGCUGAGUUUCACCCGCUGGCCAGCCUCACUGACCGUGUACCCAUCCUGACCUGUUCGGGUAUUGGGAAAAGAUAUCUUGUUCCGGGCUGGAGGACUGGUUGGUUGAUUCUCCAUGACAACCAUGGCCGACUGGAAGAUGUGCGUGUCUGUUUGAACAACCUAUGGGCAAGAAUCCUCGGAUCAUGUGGUCCCAUUCAAGCUGCACUUCCUCGUAUCCUCAGCGAGGUUCCCGAUGAUUUCUUCGAGAACACCAACAGACAUUUAGAGGCAGCGUCAAAGCUAGUAUAUGAGAAGCUCUCAACAGUCUCUUGUCUUACGCCGGUCAAGCCGCAGGGAGCAAUGUAUAUGCUGUUUGGCAUCAAGGUGGACCAGCUGGAUGGCAUUGCUGAUGAUCUGCAGUUUGCUCAGGAGCUGAUGAGCGAGGAAUCGGUGUUCAUUCUCCCUGGCUAUAUUUUCAAGUAUCCCAACUACUUGCGUAUUGUCUUGCUGGCACCGGAAACUCUCAUCUCCGAGGCCAUGGAUCGCAUAGCGGCGUUCUGCCAGCGACGCAUGAAGGUCAAGCAAGCGGAGAAGGACAAGAGACAAUGGGUGGUACUGUGAUACUGGGCUUGAGUGCAAGGCUGAUGCUUUUGCAUGUCCUGUCUCCUGGAUGCUGUAUAGCCAAGGUCAAGCGAGAGGAGUAGGCCAAGAGACAGAGACGGACAGGUUGGGGAUACUGUGUACGAGUGCAAGGUGCUUCAAUGGCCAACUGUCCUGGAUGCUCUUCAUAGCCCCUGCUAUCUACUGUAUUCAAGUGUAGUGUAGAUGCUUCGACAGCCAUUGCACCCUUCUUGGCUAUUCCUUGCUACGACUGUGUUUAAGUUCAAUGUAGAUCCUCGACGGCUACUGGCAGUACUGCACUCCUCAUGGAUAGCCCCCUCUACCAGUUACGACUGUGUUUCAGUGAAGAGUAGCACUAAUUGAGGAUAGGAUCUGCUGACAGUUAGGCUGUCUGUUACUGAAACGGAGAUGCUUCAACGGGCAAUGCACUCCGCAUAGUCGGCCCCUUCUGUUGUCAAGAUUGAGUGUUAGACUGGCAUUGCCCUUCUCCCGCAUAACGUCUGCUCCGACUGUGUUUCAGUGCGGUGGAAGCCGGUAAUUCGGAGGCCAUUGCAGCACUCCUCGGCGCCAGCCUUUGCUGCUACCGGCUUUGAGUGUGACGUGGAUGUAUUGACGGUACAUGUAAUUGCACUUCUCCUGGAAGGCCCCUGAUACGACCGAGCUUCGGUGCAAUGCUGAUGCCUCAAUGGCUACUGUAAAGGGUGAAAUUAUUGCCAUGGUCUAAUUUCUGCGAAAAAUUCGCGACCGCGUGGAAAUCGCGAAAUUUAGACAGCGCGAAAAGGAGAUCCAUGAAAGGUUUAGCAAGAAUGCCACGUGUUUAGCAAGAAUGCCAUUCUGCAAUCGCAAAAUUAAAACCUCGCAAACCUGUCCGGAUUCUGAAAACGCGAACUAAAAGCGCCGCGAAAAUUUCACGCUUUACAGUAUGGUAACAGUUAAUCCUCGUGGAUAUAGCCCCUGCUACUGUGUGUAUCAGUGCGGUGUAAGCAGAGCAUUCAUUCCUUGUGGAAACCAUUUGCUACUUUAGAGCCUGUGCUGCUUCACAGUGUAGGGUUUGAAUGUGGUGUAGAAGCUUAAAUUAUCUCAGCUACGACUGCGUUUCAGGGCUAUGUUGAUGACUUAACGGCCAUCGCACUCCUUGUACCGUCGUGGACGUGGAAAUCCAGUCGGAGGUCAAGCGGCCCCAGUGCGCUGGCCAUGCAGUCGUGGGUUCGCAUACGAUCAACAUGUCCACCGUUGCAGGCCCCAGUCAUUCGACCGGAUUUCCAUGUGUAGCCGCUGCUACUCCGAUCACCAGUGCAUGAUUGGAUCUUUGACUGGUCGUUCUGACCGAGGAUUUUUUGAGGAAAAUACAAACUGGAAUGAUGAUGAAUGAAUGAUUUUUUCUUCCCACUUAUUCCUAUUCAGGCUCCAUUCCCUCAACUAGCGAAUAUUAGAAUGACGAUGUGUACUGCUGACGCUAGCUAAUACACAUGUCAACAAAAGUUAAUGGAUUACAGGCAUCCAGAGACCACUGUA